AUGUCUACAAGAAAGAAGGUUUUAUUGAAGGUUAUUAUCUUGGGUGAUAGUGGUGUCGGCAAGACAUCUUUGAUGAACCAAUACGUCAAUAAGAAAUUUAGUGGUCAAUACAAAGCAACUAUUGGUGCUGACUUCUUGACAAAGGAGGUCACUCUUGACGACAAGGUGGUGACUAUGCAAAUUUGGGAUACAGCAGGUCAAGAGCGUUUUCAAUCUUUGGGUGUCGCAUUCUAUCGUGGCGCAGACUGUUGUGUGCUAGUAUAUGAUGUAAAUAACAACAAGAGCUAUGAAUCUCUCGGUCAAUGGCAUGAUGAAUUUUUGGUACAGGCUUCACCCCGUGAUCCUGAUAACUUUCCUUUUGUUGUAUUGGGUAAUAAAAUUGAUGUAGAUGAAUCAAAACGCAUGGUCUCCCAAAAGCGUGCUAUGGCAUUCUGUCAAGCCAAAGGAAAUAUCCCUUAUUUUGAAACUUCAGCUAAAGAUGCUAUCAACGUUGAACAGGCUUUCCAGACCAUUGCAAAAAAUGCACUUCAACAAGAGACGGAUGUUGAACUUUAUAGUGAUGUCAAUGACGCUAUUCGCAUUGAUAAUGAUCACAGUAGAGACUACAAUAAUGGAUGUGCUUGUUAA